ACUCACGCGGGGCGGGGCCAGAGCCGAGGGGCGGGGCCUGUUGGCUGCUCCUCCCUCUCCCCCGCAGUAAGAGCGGAGGCGCCGGAGUCGCCAACCCCCGGAAGUCACGCCCCCUGGUCCCGCCCAUUGCUCGCGCGUCCCUGCUCCCGGCAGUAAGAGCGGAGGCGCCGGAGCCGCUAAUCACUUGCUGUCUGUCCGCCCUUCCCUUCCUCUUAUCUUUCCCAUGAUGCUCUUUGUCGCGGGAGUUUUGGAGCUGGCGCGGUCUUCUCUCUCUUCCUUCUUUCCUUCCUUUCUUUCUUUCUCCUUCUUUCGCCCAUUCUGAAGGUCUUUGGAGCCGGAUGGAAAACGUCCAGAUAGCUUAAAAUUUCUGCCGAGGAAUAAUCUUGACAAUAAUGGAGACGCAUAUGGUUUUCUUGUAGAGGAACGUACGUGAAGAUAGGUGAAGAUGCUUCUAGGUGAACAAUUCCUGUCCUACAAUGGUGAAGUCCUUUUGUUUUGGCUGUCAAAUCCAAAACGUGUGGAGGGAACAGCUGAUAAAACAAUGAACUUAUGUGUCAGAAGAAUGGCGUUCAACAGGGACACUAAGCUGUUUGUUCAGAAGUCUUCUGGAGUAUUCAGCAUGCGUGCCAGUCACUUCAAAAUUGAAAUCAUUUGUUGUAGCUGCACAACAGAUUCUAGAACAGGGAUUAUUCUUCCCUGCAUUUUGAUGAAAAAGCAGAAGCACAACAAUGUUGUCAAAUACCUUUUAUUGUUGCUUCACAGCUCAAAUCAAUUUGAGCAGUCAUUUCAUUUUAAAUUGGAUUAUGAGCUGAAAGAAGACAUCAGGUUGUUUACUGGCCCUUCAGUCUUGUGGAGGCAUGCCAACAAGCUGUUCUACAUCUCUGCUAACACCUGCACGGUUCUAAGUGCUCCUAUUCAGCUUUCUUCUGUUGUGUGGACAGGUGAAAUUGAGGAUGAAGGUGCUGUUGUCUUAGGGGUAAAAAAUGCCUGCCUAUCAGAGAGUGAAGAUGAGGAUGAGUUUUCCACUUCAGACAGAGCCAUCUGGGGCACCGAGUUCUUUGGAUAUGCAAUUGAAACACAAAAAAUGCUAAGUGGCACAUGCUUUAUGCCUCAUGCUUACAGCAAAGUGGUAUCUUCUGUCUACAUAUGCAAGAAUGAGACAUUGAAAAAACAGCUCCGAAUAUCACUUGUUGCCGUAACCCACAAGAAUCAACUUAUUUGGUUCCAGGAUGGUCUCCCUAAAGGUGUUUGUGAGCUUCCUUAUGAGAAACCAUGUUCAGUAAAAACAGCUGUAACCAGUACCAAUGAUUUGCUAUUUGUUGUGUCUUUUGCCUCUGGAAAUGUCUGUGUUGUACAGAGGAGAGACAGCUUACAGGUGGCUUCCAAAUGGCAAAAAGUGAAAUCUGUUUUGGUGGAUGAUUUUAUUGGCUCUGGAAGUGAGCAACUGUUACUGCUUUUUAAGGAUGACUCCAGUACAGACGCAUUAAGUACUUUUGAAAUAACGGAUCUUGGAAAGGUCAACUGUGCAAGUGGUAUUAAUUACAAACACAAUGUUCCCACUGCAGAAGGAUUGCAAGAGAAUGGUUUGCUUACUGUCCAAGCCCUUGAAAAAAGAUUACAGGCUGGUUUCACCUCUGUUCGAGAGCUACAACAGCAUUUGGGACUCAAAAAGAGGGUUAUUCUUCAGUCUUGCAGAGCGUUAUUAGAUCUCGUUGAAGGAAGAACCCAUGUUCUACCGGCUGCAAAAGAGGCAGGUCUUGUCUCUCUCUGGGAUGAUGUAGAAAACACUCCUCAUUCUCUUAGUAAAGAGACAUCAUCAUUGUCUGAGGUCCAAGAGCACUUCGUAAAAAAAUUGUGGCAGCGUGUUGUGGGUGACAACCUGGUGGUUGGAGUAGAACUAACAGAAUUGUUUUACUUGUCACUGAGUGAUGUCAGUUUAUCCUUAGUGAUGGAUCGAGACUUCUCUUUGAUUUCCCCGGUUAUCAAGUGUCGAAAUAAAAUCAUGAAGCUGAACAAAGCCUUCUCAGCAUUGUCUGUCUCCUCGAGUCAAAUUGAGCCUCCUCCGAAAAAGAUGAAAAUGGACUUGCAUAGUAAGAAUGAUCUGAGAAAAACGUUUCCUAAGAGAUAUUCAGGGGUCCAGCUGGAUGGAGCAAGGACAGUCAUUGCUGUUACCGACCUUUCGCCAUUACUGGCGUUUCAUCGUGUGUGUUGUGUAGUUCUUCUGCAUGCAAAGAAACAUAAACAUUGGGAUGAUAGCUCACAGGAGAGCAAAAAGAUUGCUGUACUCUGUGGGAAAAUUUUUUUAAGUCUGGAAGAUAUUUCAAAUGGAAAAUAUUCAGUAAAGCUGUUAAGGGAUAAUAGUUACUGUACAGGUUCCGUGGAAGAUAUACUUGCUGUUCUUGCAGUAUCUGUCAGGUUCUCUUUUCAAAUUGUGUCUUCUGACUGCACAUUGACUCCAGUAAAUUCAUGGUUACUGGGAGAAAUGGAGUGCACGCCAUUUAAGGAAUGCCAUGACAACAUAUUCUGUCAUAAAGCAGGAAAUGUAUACGGUACAGUUUUUAACUGGACCCUGAAAAAUCCAUUUGAAGGAGUUCUAACAUUAUUUUGCAGAAACCUGACUGUCUUGUUCCAGUGCCUUCAUAGCCUUACUAGAGUUCUGCCACCAAGCUGUGAUGUAAAACUCCUGAGAUCUGGAAGCAAAGGUGUACUUACUGAACAGUUCGCACUGGCUUUGGAAAAAGAAAUGCUCACCUCGAGAAGUUCAUUGUUCUCAAAAGAAAGUAAAGCAGAAAACAGUCUGAUAGGGCGGAGUGAGCCCAGCAAGAAAAUCAGUGAUGUUCCUGUGGCUCCUUCACUGGACAGCGAGGAGGGAGUUCGGGAAUUCAGAAAGAAGCAUCAGAAUGAACGAGAAGAGUGUGUGCUAAGGAUGAAUCAAACAAUGAAUGGUGCCCUUUACCGGGAAGCUGCUUUGAAAACAGCAGCAGCUCAGCUCAGUACAGAUAUGACUGCGUGGAGACUGUGCAAGUCCUAGAACCUAUUAACUAAAUACAUUUUGAAUGAAGUUUUGUUAAAAUUAUACUAUUAAAUAAUAUUUAUAUUUUUGUGGCUAUUUAAUUACCUUUUAUUCUAUAGCUCAGUUAUUUCUGCAGAUAAAUACUGGUAUUUUUGUUGAUGACUUGUAGCAGGUUUGGCAGGAAUUUAGUAUUAAAGGUAGCUGAGCCAUUGUUUUGUUACAUGUGUCAAAAGUAUUAUUUUUAAGGUGUUUUCUAAUCAGUCCUAUUCCAAAGUCAUAAUUCUUGAACUAGGAAUGAGUGAUAUGAGGAAAAAAAAUUAACAAGGACUUAGUGUUUAAGAUACCCUUAUUAAACUUUAACAUCACUGUUUACAGAGGUAAAACUCAGGCUCUUUUUUAGGUAUCUUAACAUAGCUAUACAAAGGAUCUGAGCUAAGCAACCAAUUUUUAUUUGUAAUUUGAGUAUGGGGUUUGACAAAUUCAAAGAGGCAGCUUGUCUUCAUGAUAUAAUGAAAAAUAACUUUUAAUGAUACCACUUGGGUUGAUUGUACCUUGCAGUCCUAUCUUCUAGAGCCUGCGCUCAGAUCUGAGAUAUUUUGGAGUGUUUAUUGGAGCUGAAGAACCACAUCACGGCUUUUAAAAAACUUCAGCUCGUGAAGGUUCACUCUGUAAUAAAACACCUUUCGGAAGCGAGAGGUCUGUUCCCACCCAGAAGCUAAUCUCAUUGGUAAAUCCUGGAAGAAACUGUCCUUUGGAUGUUAACCUAGAUACUUCUAGUCAGAAGAUUUACUUGCUCAUUCCCUGAGUCAUAAAUGGUCAUUUACUGACACUACCUGCUCAGUGGUCUUGGGCUAUCUCAAGUAUUUUAAAUAAUGGGCAACUCUUUGCCUAUGAUUCUUCCAUUCUCUGGUUUUAAUAAGAUACUGCCUAUGAAUGGAGAAAGAGAGCUGCCUGUGAUCUUGCAGGUGCUACUUCUGGGGUAGUUACUUUUCAAUCAUUUUUGUUGCAACAUUUUUCAGUGUUGGGAGCGGCAGAAAGCUUAGAAAAUCCCAAAUCACUACAACUUGUUUCCUUUUAUCUCUGCUCUUUGUAGGCAAAACUCUCCUAAAGUUUGUCACCAUUUUUCUAAAGUAAAAAUUUUGCUUUUUUUAUUUUUCUCUAGAAAGAGUUUUAAAAGUUAACACCUACAGCAUGCGCUCUGACCAUAAGAGGCUGGCAGGAAGAAUGGAAGGCAAUUACUUGCUCAAAGAACCACUGUCAUUUCAGAAUCAUUCUAUACCUUUUUUCCAUCAGAAAGUUCAAAUUCUGUAUGCAUGUCCUCCAUUAGCAUGAGAGUGGUGAUGUUUUUCAGUCCGAGACAUCUUCUCAUGUUGGCAACAAGAGUAAACCAGUGCAUAUCUAGAGGCAAAACAGUAGCUGGAAAAACGGUAAAUGAGAGAACACUGUGCUUUCUAAGUUCAAACAGUUUAGUGGUGUAGUCUCACUUCUGAGAUACUCGGUGUUAAAUGUCUCCUUUUUUGGCUGUAGAGCAUGGAAAUUUUGCGUUAAGAUGUCAAAAAUGCCUUAAGAAAUUGUCGUGGGUAUUUGAAACUCAAUAUUUACUAGAUGAGAAAGAAUUGUUUAAAAACCCUUUCUUUGUUAAGCCACAUUUCUGUUCAGCCCAUAGUGAAAGCUUAAGAGCUCACUGUUAGGGCUUGGCAGUCAGUUAGCACUGGAAUUUCCGCAAGAAAGUUUGAUUACAAACUCUUCAAUGAAGCAAAAAUAUAUCUAAGUAGCUUGCAGCUAAGGUCAAGACCUUGGUAAACCAGCUGAGCAGAAACUUUCAGAGCAACAAAGCUCCUACCCAGCUCAGGAGUUUAUGCAAAGUAGCGUAAGUAGUCCAGCAACUGAUUUUUAUUAGCACUAGUGUAGCAGCCUGGUGUUAUGUUGUAACUGAGCACCUUGUGUGUCUGUCUGUCUUUAAAGCUUCCACUGGUGUUCAUAUUCCUUUAUUGAACUAAUAGAUUGGGACAAGUGAAAAGAAGCUACUGUGGACAAAAGUUCCCAGUUUCUAAUUCCAUGGAGUUGUUACUUACCCUUAUUUAAAAACAGCAAACGGUGAAAUCACAGGAGUGUACAAGUGUAAAUAUUAGAGUAGAAUAAUAACACAUACAACAUCAUGUUCAUACUCAAGAGUCUUUCCAGAAGCAUGAAUGCUUAGUUUGCAGAUCAUCAGAUGAGAUCAUUAAAAACUUUCCUAACAGCUCUAAGAUUCCUGGGAGUAGUGCUCCAGCUGACUAAUAAUGUAUAAUGACAUGGCACAACUUUCCAUGGUAGUGAUGCAAUUGGUAUGUGCAUUGCAUGUGCAUUGCAUAUGCACUAUUAUGUGCCAAAAUCUAAAGGUCUGCUGGAAGAAUUUGGAAGGCUUAUACUGCUACGGGUUUUUUUUGUGGCCAGGAAUCUUGGGGAAAAUGGAGUGGGAUUGAACAAAGGUUCAGGAUCUUUAGAAUCUUAUCUUCAAGUGGCAGCAACGUGAAUUUUGUUUAAGAGAUAUUUGCUUUCCUAGACUUGGCUGUCGGAAGUAAAAGCAGCUAAAGGUGUUAACAUUCAGUUUAUUUAGUCACUUGUGAUGUUUAUUCUCAGCACAUGCUGGUGUUCAAACGGAGAGUCCAAAUUGGACUGACUAGGAAAACUGCUUUGGUUGGUUCACUAUGUUUCUGUAAUGAACAAUUGAGAGUCCCAUUUUAUGGACUUCCAAGAAGGUCUUGGAAGUGAGUUCUUGCAUAAAGUGAGUUCUGCAAGUAAUUUUUGGGGCAAAUCAUUUGAGAAAUUAAAUCAGUUAGUGGCAGCAGCACUGCUAGUUACUGGGGAUUGGUAUUGCCAAGAAAUAACUGCUGAACUAUUUCAAUGCUUGAUUCUGUAGAUUCCCUUUUCCACUAUAGUGGAUCAAAUUGGGCAAUACAGAUUACAACCAACAGAAGGUGGGUUUUUUGUUACUGAAACUGUUACUAUUAGCAGAUAAGUAUUCAGACAACACAUUCACUGACUCUCACACUCAUAAUUACUCUGUAGGAGCAAAAAGUCGGAGGCCAAUACCAAGUGUUGGGACCUCCAAGGUCUAGGUUGGCAGUUCAGAAAGAUCCUCAAAUAACCAUUUGCUUCAACAGGUGUGUAUAUGUAAUUUGGGGGGAAUGAGGGAGGUGGGGUUGUCUGCUUAUAGCAACAGCUACCUGCUUGUACAUGAUCCAAAUUACACAACCCAUGGUUAAUACAACUGGGGGUAGUGGCUUUACACACAGCCAGUAGCAUCUUGGUAGUCUGAAUUUAUCAGUUGUGGUGGAUUUAACAGGACAACUGGUCUACAGAGCUUACUAGUUCCUGGGAGAUUUUUACAUGCUACUUCUCUGCGUGUAAU